AUGCGGGAACACGAUGCAAAGCCGAAGACUUGCUUGUCCCGCUAUCGGCUGUGCGCGUGCUGCUGCGGCCCUUCUGACGAGUACCGGGAGACCGCAGAUGUUUUUGAUUCGGACGAUGCCUUCAAGGAGGAGACGGAGGAGACGUGUGCCGAUGCAGACGAACGACCUGGAGCAUCUCCUUCAGAGGAACACUGGUUGCAGAGGUGGGGCAGCCUGGACCCGCCGGCCUCAAUAUCUGGCUCUGUCAGCGCCGCCAAUGGACAGGAUGGGGAGAUUGCGGAUGCGGAGUCCGAGGACCACAACUUUCAGGUCGAGACGCUCUGGCACCCAGAGUGGUGCAGCCAAUGCGAUGCCUUUUUGACGGGAUUGUGGGAUCAAGGCCUGCGGUGCUCGUACUGCAGGAAGCUCGUGUGUCAUUUCUGCGAAGUGGCAACGCUUUGUGUCGAGCGCCGGAUGAGGAUCGCUGCGAACAGAGAGGCGAAGUUGAGAUCCAGGAUUCAUGAGCUGGAAGCGUUGCUCGCUUCCAGAGGUGGCAUGGGCAUGGCUGUCUCAACGCGGGUCCGCAGCCGCGAAGCAAGCCCCAGAGAAGCCCAGGAGCCUUGGACAUCGAUCAGUUCAAUCAAGCACUUGCAUGGGCUGCAGGGCAAGUAUCUCGCCGAUGCCAUGCAGGUUCCCGAUGUGGAGCUUCAGGACUAUCUGUAUUCGAAGCCCUUGUUCUCUGCAAACCUUCAGAUGAGCUUACCAGAGGUUCAGGCAGCCUUGCUGCAGCCGUCGUUUCUAGAAAGUGUUUUCCGAGCCGAUGUGGGUGCAUUCGACAUCGUCGGAUCAAAAUGGGACAAAGCUUCCCAAAAGCCGCAUACACGCAUCCGCGGCUUCAAGUACAAAGUGCCAGUGCCAGACGACGUCCCCCAAGCUGUGCGGGCUGUGCUCACGUUGCCGGAUCAUGCAACGUGCAAAGCCUUCUGUCGCCUGAAAACGAACGACCGCGAGGUCGUCUUGACGCUCCAAUUUAUUUCGGAAGGAGUUCCUUUCGCUGACAAUGUGCGCGUCCAGGUGACAGAUGCGAUUGUGCCUGCGGGCCAAGGACUGAUCCUGAGACGGUGGGUUGUGGUUUUGUGGAUCAAGGAAUUCCCAUGGUCACUGCGAUUCUUGAAGAAUAUUGUGGUGUCCCAGGUCAUGGACAGGUCGCGAAAAACUGCACAAAUACUCACGGACCUGCUCCUGGCCCGAGUGACCCCGUCGGGGCAGCAGCGGGUAGCCACGCAAGCCGUGGCCACGUGA